UUAGCCAGGAGAGCCUAAACCACCUCUUCUUCUUAUCUUCAAGUGGGUUUAGCAUUCUUUCACGAUGAACCUGGAAGACAAAGUCACCAUGGACUUGGUUCAACCAUCUGAGCAUCUUUGCUACGUUCGGUGCAACUUCUGCAACACCGUUCUUGCGGUUGGGCUUCCAUGCAAGCGGAUGAUGGACACAGUGACAGUGAAAUGUGGUCAUUGCAGUAACCUCUCCUUUCUCACCACCAGACCUAACAAUCCAAUCCAGCUCCAACCAGCACCUCAUCAGUGCCAGAUCAAUGAUUACCCUACCACCUUGACUCUUCAUCAGAGCUUUUCCACUGAUUCAAGGAGGGGACAUUCAUCGUCAUCAUCGUCACCGACAUCUCUGGAGAGUCCAUCAUCCCCCAAAGCACCCUUUGUUUGUAAACCACCUGAGAAGAAACACAGGCUUCCAUCUGCUUACAAUCGCUUCAUGAAAGAGGAGAUCCAGCGGAUUAAAGCAGCGAACCCAGAGAUUCCACACCGUGAAGCUUUUAGUGCUGCUGCCAAAAAUUGGGCAAGGUACCCUACUCCGUCAGCAACUGCUGCAUCAGAUUCUGGCAGCAGUAACAAACUCAACGAAUGAGUACGGCGUCGUAUUGUGCUAGGCUACUAAAACUGGCAUUUAUGACAUGGAGGACGACAGGACGUAGAACUGGAGAAGGAUCGAUGUAGCAGUGCUACUGGUUCAGCUUAUUAUCAAGAUCUAGCUAUGAUGCAUUUAUAUAUAUAUUUGUAACUGAGUCGUUUUAUGUUGGUCUUGUUUGUUUCAAGUUAGAACUUUAACUCCGUCGUUGUAGUUUGUUUCCUAGUCAUUAUGAACAUGGCAUUAAGAUUUAAG